GCGGGCGGCGGGCGCCAUUGUGCUGCGGAGCAGGCCGCGGCUGUGGUGCGUACGGGCCUGCAGCGCUGGUCCCCGCGCCCCUCUCGCCGCCUCUCGCGCUCUCUCUCUCCCCCUCCCUCCCCUCCUUUCUUUUUCUCUCUCUCUCUCUCUCUCUCUCUCUUCUUCUCCUCCCUCUCCUCCCUCUCCUCCUCCUCCUCCUCCUCCUCUCCCUCCCCUUCCCCCCGCCGCGGACAUGCCGCGCGUCUACAUCGGCCGCCUGAGCUACCACGUCCGGGAGAAGGACAUCCAGCGCUUCUUCAGCGGCUAUGGCCGCCUGCUCGAGGUUGACCUCAAAAACGGUUACGGCUUCGUGGAGUUCGAGGACUCCCGCGACGCCGACGAUGCCGUUUACGAGCUGAACGGCAAGGAUCUGUGCGGGGAGCGCGUGAUCGUGGAGCACGCCCGCGGCCCCCGCCGCGACAGGGACGGGUACAGCUACAGCAGCCGCAGUGGGGGUGGUGGCGGAUAUAGCAGUCGGAGACAAUCUGGAAGAGAUAAAUACGGACCGCCUGUUCGUACAGAGUACAGACUGAUUGUUGAAAACCUUUCCAGUCGCUGUAGUUGGCAGGAUUUGAAAGAUUUCAUGAGGCAAGCUGGUGAGGUAACCUAUGCAGAUGCUCACAAAGAGCGUACAAAUGAAGGAGUGAUUGAGUUCCGAUCUUACUCGGACAUGAAGCGUGCCCUGGACAAACUGGAUGGCACAGAGAUAAAUGGAAGGAAGAUCAGACUGGUUGAAGACAAGCCACGGUCAAGCCACAGGCGAUCUUACUCUGGCAGCAGGUCAAGGUCGCGAUCUAGAAGACGAUCUAGAAGCAGAAGUCGUAGAAGUAGGAGCAGCCGCAGCAGAUCCCGUAGUGUCUCCAAAAGCCGUUCACGAUCUAAAUCCAGGUCACGAAGCAAAGACCGUUCACGUUCCAGAUCUAAAAGCAGGAAGUCUAGAUCAAAGAGCAAAUCGAAACCCAAGUCUGACAGGGGUUCACGCUCUCACAGCAGAUCCAAGGAGAAGUCUGAGAAGUCUCGGUCCAGAUCCAGGUCCAGGUCUCGAUCUCCCAAAGAAAAUGGUAAAGGAGAUGCUAAGUCUAAGUCCAGGUCAAGGAGUAGGUCUCGUUCCAAUUCUCCGCAGCAGCAGCAAUCUGCCAAGGCUCGUUCAGAGUCGCCACCCAAAAGAGCUGCUUCGAGGUCCCGCUCCAGAUCUCGUUCAAAAUCUCGUUCACGAUCAAGAUCUAGUUCAAGAGAUUAAGACUAGAACUCUCCUCUUACAUUGCACACUAUUACGGAACAUUUUCCUACUUGUCAGGCCAUUAGUGUUACGUUAGUACUUCAGAAGUUGGUUUUUUCUCUUGCAGGAGUGAAUGGCCUAAGAACUAAGUAAUGAGGCAUAAAGGUUUCAUUUGUAUCCCAAAUUUGAAAAUACAAGAUCGGAUGGUGGUACAAAGCAGGAAAAGUCCCCCUUUUGUAGAAGUUCAGCUAAAAGUUUGAUUUUAUAGCAUUUCUGCAGGAGUAACUUAACUACUCUUAAGUGCAAAGUGGUUUUUAUAUUAAAAAUAAACUGAAUAUAAACAGGCUUAAAUCUGGGCUUUUUUGAAAGUAUCACUUUUUCCUAUUUUUUUCAUGGUUUUCGAACUAUGGGUAUCAUUAGCUUAAUAGGUUACAGCUUGCUACCAAAGGCAGGAUUGCCUUGCUGGGCAGAUCAGAUAAUUCUCUGGUUUAUCUUAAUUUGUGGAAGCAGGCUGCAAACUGUAUAAACUGGUAACAAUACUACAAAGAUGUUAGACCAGCAAUAAACUCAAUUUGGAGCAUUUGUAUUGUAUCUUAACUUGCCAAAAGAACAUUCCCCCCCCCCCCGUACUGUGACUGUAUUAAAGGUAAUAAAGGUACUCCGGAACCUGUAUCAUACAGUAUUGCUGAAAAAUCCUAAGUUUCAAACUUGAAAGAACGAAAGCGCUUUUUUUUUUUUUUUUCUUCUCUCGAAUAUCAAGUGUCACUGUUGUCAGACACUUAAUGUGUCUCUUGGAUGUGGUCCAAGUCACUAGUAUGUUGUAUGGUUUGUCAGCCUCUGAAUACCUAUUGGUUAUGAAAACUAAGUGAAUAAAACUGUCUUCCCUCCCUUUUGACUCAUUUAUGUUAACAUUUUGCUUCAGACUAGGAGAACUAUAAUACUGUUGUGUGUAAGUCUGAACUUUAUUGGAAAUGUAAUCUCUUUGAGCUAGAGUUCUAGUCUUAACAAAGGCUUUGCUAAACCACAGUUGCCAAUUCACUUAAAUUGUGGAAUAGGACUCAUCCCAAAAAUUCCCCUUUAUAGCUAAAUUGAUUUUUUUUGUAACAUGCAAUAGCAAACAUUAGAACUGCCUUGUACUCUUUAUACAAUGUGUAGUUUGACUUGUAUAAAAUUAAAUUGGUGACUCAAA